UUCAACUUAUCAAAUCUUCCUGUAUAUGAACAUAUCCUCGAGCUUGGUCGCAAGCGCCCUGAUGCCGUGUUACUCGACAUUGGUUGUUGCUUCGGUACUGAUGCCAGAAAGGCUGCGGCGGACGGGUUUCCUGCCAAAAACAUCAUUGCAUCAGAUCUCUUCAACGAGUUUCUUCAACUAAGCCACGAACUGUUCAAAACGACACCAGCUUCUUACCCCAGAUGCUUCCUCCCUGGGGAUGUCUUUGAUCCGGCAUUUCUCUCCAUAACUGCGCCGACGGACGACGUCUCUCCGGCGCCAACUAUUGAUCUGUCCUCUUUGAAAUCCCUGAACCCCCUUCAUGGUCGCAUUAGCGUAAUAAACGCUAUUUCAUUCUUCCACCUCUUCAGCGAGGAGAGACAAUUGCUCGUUGCCAGGGCUCUCGCGGGUCUGUUAUCUGCGCAGUCAGGUUCCGUUAUUUGCGGUUGCCACGUCGGAACUCUCGAAAAAGGAAUAGUAAAGAACACUCUCGUGGGCUCUGGGUACUAUGGGUUGUUCGCUCAUUCUCCCAAAACCUGGUCAUCUUUGUGGGACGGAGAGGUCUUCGAGAAGGGCAGUGUAAAGGUGGAAACAGAGUUGGUGGAAGUUGCGACUCGCGAUGUGCAAUUCUUCAUGAUGAAGUAG